AUGUACUUGGAGAAGGCUAAGCAGUUGGAGGGGGAGACAUUGACCGACUUUUUGGUUAAAUGGAAAGCGGUCGUAAGAGAGGUCGAGCCCAUGGAUGAUUUGACCGCAAUCCAUAUGUUGCACAUUUCCCUGAGAGGUGGAUAUUUAUAUCAAGACUUUAUACUUCAUCCGCCGACGACGUAUGAAGAACCACUUUGUCGAGUGACAGACUAUGCCAAUGCCGGGGAAGCCAACGCUGUCAAACGGUCUCAGGAAGUCGGUUCAUCCCGCAAGCCCCCCGGACGAUCGGAUAAUCGGUCGGCAGAGCACCACCGAUCCCGAACGCGUCCGGAGGAUUUCACGGCUUUGAACCGUUUGGCCGCGGAAGCCUUGCAGUAUACACAAUCAUGUAAUCUCAUUCGAUUACCACGUCCUGGACAGGAAGGGAAGGACAAGACAAAGCAUUGCGCUUAUCACCGAUGCAGCAGGCAUGAUACUGAAGAAUGUACAACUUUGAGACAGUUGUUAGAAGACCUACUUCAAGCCGGUAAGCUGGACAAAUGCUUGGGAAAAAGGGAAGAGAACAAAAGAUCAACCGGGAAAAGAGACCAUCGGCGUUUCGAACGAUCUGAACGGUCGGACUAUGACCAGAGAGAUCCCGAUCCCAAGUCUGACGGUCACCAAACAUCUAAGCCGACCAUCCACGUAAUAUUUGGGGGUUUGGAAGAUGCGUCUCAAGCCCAAGAGCCUUUCCCGGUCGCAGUUGUGGAAUCCCGCGAGACCGGUAAGCGGCAAAAGAUGGAACCAAUCACCUUUGCGUUAGAGGAUCAGCCCGAGGCCGGGGAUACGGGGAUGGAGGCUCUGGUAGUGACGAUUGAUAUCAUGGGAGUGGAUGUACAGAGGGUGAUGGUUGACACUAGGAUCAGCGUGAACGUCCUUUACCUGGACGUUUUUGAGAAGUUAAAGCUCGAUCGCCGAGAGUUGACUCCGGUCGGAGCGCCUUUGUCUGGAUUUACCGGGGACACUAUCCACCCCGAAGGAAAAAUUAUCCUCCCGGUUGAAUUGGGGACUCCUCCUAAAUCGGUUAAGACGCAGAUGGAGUUUGUCGUGGUCAACCUUCGUUGCGUCCAUAAUGAUAUCCUGGGCUGCCCGACAAUCAUGAGGGUCUGGGGAAUUAUAUCCAUGCCCCAUCUCUGCAUGAAGUUCCCCACCUCGGCCGGGGUCGGAGUGUUGCGCGGCGAUGCCCAGUCAGCCAGAAAGUGUUAUUCCCGAGCGGUCAACCGGCGAGACGCAGGCUCUUCAGGAGUGAAUACCAUCACUAAAGAUGCCGCAAAAGACCGAAAGGAGUAG